GCACAACAAUCGCCCCAUCAACAGAUUAUGCGGCAACAGCAGUCGAAAAGCCAUCAACCACAAUCGUCACCACAUCAUCCAACAACGCCUCAACAACAAAUGCAUCAACCAUAUCAACAGAAGUACAACCACCAGUUGCGAGGCGAUCCGUUUGUGACACAAGAUGCAUCAGCUAGUUUCAAGCCAAGACUACAACAACAACAGAUUUCACAAUUGGGGUCACAGCCACUGCCGACAUCAACGCCUACCYAGAUCCUAACACAAACGCAGACAGCGAUUCAGUCACAGUCGCAACCUCCGUCGCAGACACAACCGCAGCAACAGCCAUUACUACAACAGCAUCAUCAACAACAACGGCAGCAGUUAACGCAGCGUGAAGCACAGCUGCCGAUAACGCAGCCGUCUAUGUCUCAAGCGCACAUUUCGUCACCCAUKGCGUCCAGCCCAACGGUGACAGCGCAACAACAACAACUUCAGCAUCAACCGCUGCAAAUUCAGCAACGAGGACUCCCUCUUUCCGAUUUUGCCGAUGUGGAUAUGCCAGCAGUGCCAACGCCAACGGUGAAGUCAUCUAUAACCGUGCCGCACACUGGGGCAACUUCAGCGCCACGAACCACUGCAACCGCUCCUCGUAGUGGUACGCGACCACCUCCACCGUCCUCAGCACCCGUAACGGAACCUUACCGCAGCCGAUGUCCACUACGUCGGCGGCCACAGUGGCUACAACAUUGUAUAAUUUUCCGCAGCAUGCAGCCCAUGCAACGGUGGGCACUGCCUGCUUAG